CACAUAUUUAGCGCAAACCUGGAUUUACGGGUACUAGCUUUGAUCGUUUGGUCCCUUCAAAGUCAAACUUCCUCGCCGCCUUCAGCCGUUCCUCCCACUCACUACCACACACUCUAUAAAGAGAAAUGUCUGAUACUCCGUCUCAUGCACAGAAAACCCCCACCCUCGCCAUAAUUGGCGGGGGCAUUGCCGGCCUUACCCUCACCAUCGCCCUCCUCAAGCAUGCACCUUCCAUCCCUAUCACCCUCUAUGAAUCUGCUUCUGCAUUCGGCGAGAUCGGCGCUGGCGUUGGAUUCGAGCCUGUCAUGGUGCGCACAAUGGGCCUUAUUGACCCGCGCAUCGCCGCCGCAUUUGAGAAAUGCUCCCGAGGCAAUACCGUGACGGACCCACCAAAGUGGUUUACGGUGCGCGUAGGGGAUCAGAGGAAGAUUGUCGGUGACGAAAAGGAUGGUGUUGUGCUGGAAAAGAGUGGUGAGAAUAAGAAGGUGCGAUUAGGCGAAGAGAUUUUUACUAUCCCGGCACACAGGGGGCCAAGAGGUGGUAUUCAUCGGGCACACUUUUUGGAUGAGUUGGUUAAAUUAGUUCCUGAUGGCAUUGCGCAAUUUCGAAAGAAAUUGGCUCAUGUCACGGAAGCGGAGGAUGGCUCAGGUGACGCAGUCUUGCACUUCGCCGACGGCUCAACCGCGCAGCAUAGCGCAGUGCUAGGCUGCGAUGGAAUCAAGUCACGCACGCGGUCGCUCGUGCUUGGCAACUCAGACUCGACGGCUGCUGUGUUCUCCGGGAAGUACGUUUAUCGGGGGUUGAUUCCAAUGACCAAGGCAAUCGAGAUCAUGGGGGAAGAUCAGCCAAAGACGCCGCAGAUGUACGUUGGGUAUCAUGGGCAUGUGCUUACGUUUCCGAUUGCAAACGGGACGAUUCUGAAUGUCGUAGCUUUCUCCUCGAGGCCCACCUGGACUGAUCCCAACUGGGUAGUCCAGACAUCCCGAGAAGACAUGCUCGAGGAUUAUAAGCACUGGAGCCCUAUGGUGCGCUCCAUCAUGGUGAACCUGCAGUCUUUUGACAUCUGGGCACUCUUCAAUCAUCUCCCCGCACCAAUUUACUAUCGCAGCAGCCCUCUGAUAUGUCUCGUUGGUGACGCCGCGCACGCCACGACACCGCACCAAGGCGCGGGUGCGGGCAUGUGCAUCGAGGACGUCUACAUUCUCAGCGAACUACUCUCACAAUGCAAGUCCAAGACCGAUCUCGAAGAAGCUUUCCGCGCAUACGACGCGGUAAGAAGACCACGGAGCCAGAAGCUAGUCAAGACCAGCAGAGAAGCGGGGAUGUUGUGGGAGUUUGAAGGGGAAGGUGUAGGUGAUGACUUAGAGGCCUUGGAGCGUAAUGCGACAACGAGGAUGGCUUGGCUUUGGGAUCAUGACAUCUCCACUGAUUUACAGAAAGCAAGAGCUAUCAUUGAAGAAAAGAUAUCGAGCUGAUUCUUCCAAGCGUAAUUAUAUCCUACUUGAAAUAUAUAAAAGUCUGUUGAUAUCCGCAAUGGAAGAAAUUCCAGAUGAACAGCAAUCUCAUCAUGUUCGAUACCUUUAGGAUCUCAACAACUAGGGAAAGUGAAAAGCGAACAAGCCAGCACAAACAGCCGGGUUAAUCUUAUACGUUACUAGGUUUGACUUGCUUCUCUUUUUUCGGCUUCUCCUUUCUUGAAGCUCUCCUCCACUCCAUACCCACCGCUCCGAGCGAACUCAAGCAAGCAAGAAUAAGC